AUGGCGAGACUACAGACGUUGUUUCCAAGGACACAAGAUGAAGCGGAGAAUCUUAACAUUCAGCAGAUAUUAGGAGAUGAGCUUCAAGAGAUGAAGAACUGGGUUGCCGAACUAGGAAGAGAAAAAGCAAACAGUAUAGAAGAGUUAGAAGGAAAGGAGCUGAAAAUAAUGUUACUGGAAGAAUCUUUAGAACAGAAGGAAACCAUUCUGCAAGAUGCUCUCCAUCACUGGAAAGACAUUGAAAAGUUGUUGGAAGGAGCAAAGGAAAAAGAGGAGAUGGAGGCUUCUCUAACAACCUUAAAAGCAGAGCUCCAGAAGAGGAACCUUCAAAUCAAAGAUUUCCUCACAAAAGAAGAACAGUCAAGGUGUGAACAACAAAAAUUCGAGGAUAAACUAGACCUAGCUCUCCAUUAUGCAAUGGAGCUGCAGACGUUGCUAAAGGAAGCAGAAGAAAGGGAGAGGAAAAUCAAAGAUGAUUUAGAAGAACAGAUGAAUAAAAACCAUCUGCUAGCUAAAGAAAAGGAAGAUGAAGAGACUGAAAUAAGAAGGGAACAUCAGGAGACUCUGAGGCAAAAGGACAAAGAAAUAGGAAAGCAGCGUGAACGCCUGGAGGAACUCCAGGAUAACUUGGAAAGCGCUCUGCGUCAAGAACAGAGCCUGGAACGUUUGCUGGAAUCUAAAGAAGAGGACCUCAUCUUUUUGAAGAAGAAGGAGAGUGAAGCCCAUCUGGAAGUGCAACGACUUCUCAAGGACUGCGAUAUGCUGAAAGAAAAGAUUCAGCUACAGGAGCAGAAUAGAAUGAGAGAAGAAAAGCGUCUAAGGGAGCAGCUAAGAACACAGGAGGAGGCUUUGAGGGAACAUGACAAAUACAUGUUGAUGAUGUUUCUACAUGGGACUGCUCAGAGGAACUUCCAGCUAGAACACAUUGCGCUGGAACAUGGAAAUAUGAUUGAAGAAGAGAAGCAAGAGAAGUGUACAAGAGGAACAGUAGGAAGAAAAGACACAGGGAGUGAGGAAGACCCAUGUGAGAAGGCCCGUGAGACAGAAGAGAAACAACGUAAGGAGUACUGGAACGCCCAGCGGGAGAAGAACGAGGAUUACGAGAAACAAUGGGAGGGCCUCAAGCACAUUGUGGAAGAUGUUCUUCACGGAGAUGAAUAA